UUUAAUUUGCGAGUGUUUAAUAGAUGUUUUUAUCUAGUGGAAUUUUUAGAUUAAAAUAUCGUAUUCAAUUGAAAUUUGUUAAUUAAUUAUUAAUAUAAUUUUAAAAUAUUAUGAUAUAAGAUUAUUUAAAUAGUUUACAAAUGGUGAAAAUGGCCUUAAAAAAGAGAAAACUUGGUAUACCUGAGAGUGCGAAAAGGCCGAAAGCUCAAAGGAAAUUUGCUCAAGGACAAUUUUUUCCUUCAACAUCAUCAUACGCCUAUAAUUGCAACUCAGUAACAGCACCUCCAGUUAAUAAUUAUAAUGCAGAACCUCCUCCUGAGAUUUUUCCAAAUCGUCCUAAUACAGAAGAUUUUCUUACAUUUCUUUGUUACCGAGGUACUCCUUCUCUACCUACAAACCUUGAUUUUGUAAAGUCUGCACAACAGAAAUCAAAAAGCGAUGCAAAAAAAUCAAAUCAGAACUCAACAACACCUCAUAAAUCCCCGGGGAGGAAGAAAACAGUAUCCCCGUCCAAGAAUUCUAAUGAACCAUCUACUUCUGCAGUUACGCCUACUAAAAGAAAAGAUGUGUUAGAUAAAACAGAAAAUGAAGAUGUUCCGCCAAAUAAAACAAAGAAAAAGGAGGUAAACCAGCAAAAUAAUACAGGAUCUGGAAAGUCACCAAAAGGUAGAAAAUCUGAUCCACCUAGUGCAACAUCAUCUCCCAAAACUAUUAUUAAAGGCAAUAAAAAGGUAACCACAGUUACUAGAAAAUCCCUUCGUACAAGAGUAAACAUCAAUAAUUUCGCUGAGGAUUCCAAAGAAUUUGAGGAUGAUGAAGGAAUUGAUAGCGUUGAACUAGAAAAUACUACGAAUAAUGACGUUAAAAAUUUACACAAAAAUGAGCCAAAGGAGAAUAAACUUAAUGAAAAUGGUAAAACAGAUGUGCAAAAUAUAGAAAAAUCAGUAAUAGACAAAAUCAACUCGUCAAUUGCUGCAAAUAAAGAGCAGCCCGUUAAACAAGAAAGGCCAGUUGGGCGGCCUAGAAAAUAUCCAAUUUCACCCAAGGUAGAAAAACCAGCAAAAAAACUCGAUACUUCUAACAAAACUGAAUCAACUCAAAAUAAACAAAAUGAAACGAAUUCCAUGGAUAUAAAUCCAACAACGCCAACAAAAAGUCAACGCAAUAAGAAAAUGUCAAAAAAAUCUAAGUUAGAAAUAUCAAACGAGAGUAAAGAGGAUAUACAAGAUGCCGACGAUAGUAAAAAAUCAAGCGACGACAUUAAUGAUGUAGACAAUAUUCCUCUAAAAGCAAGAUUGUCAAAGAAAGAAACUCCAAAUAAACAACUGUCAGAGUUAAUCAAUGCAGAAAGCCCUACUCCGAAAGAAAAUAUUGAUAAACAAAAAGUAACAAAGAAAAAGGGAAGAAAAAGUUUAUUAUCAAAGAAAUUGGACAUUGACAAACCAACGAAUAUUGAAAAUAUUGUUGCUAAUGGUAUUCAAGGAAGAAAAAAACUUUCGAAAGCUAUUGUCAAUAAGCCAAUUUUAAAAGAGAAGAAAGAAAAGAAAACACCUGGUCGGAAAAAGAAGAUAGUAUUAGAUAACCAAGAAAAUAAAGAAGAAAAAGACGAGGAAAAAGAAAAAGCUGAAGAAAGGCUUGACAGUGGUCGACCUCAACGUAAAACAAAAGAGGCAGCUGCAAUAUAUAUGGAAUUAAUUGGUCAUAAGCUUAAUUCGGAUAACUAUGAGGAAGAUGAUAAUUCAUCUGAGAGUUUUCCUGACCUCCCUAAUGUUAAAGAAACUGAAAAAUUAGAACAGGAAAUGAAAUUAAAGGCGAAUAUUAAAUCCAGGAAGCCAGAAAAAGAAAGAAAUAGGGAAAAUGAAAAAUUAGCAUCGACAAUAGAAUCAGAAAAUGAAUCAAAAAAACCUUUAGAGAAAACAAAAACUAUUAAAGCAAAACGAAAAACUAUCGAAAAGGGCGCAGGUGUUGUUAAAAAGAAAGUUUUAGUAAAAAAGGCUUUAAAAAGAGGUCGCAAGCGAAAAAUAAUGAAAGAAAUCAAAAAACAUAUAACAGGUGAUACUGAAAAAGGAAGUGAUGAAGAAAUUGAAGAAAUUGAGCAAGUACAGAAGGGAGACAACGUCAAUGAAAAUGACGCAAUUCAAAAUACAUUCAGUGAAUCAGAUGAUGAGCCCCUAGCAGUUAAAAUAUGUAAGGCAAGUGAAAGUCAGCCAGACACUACACAACAAAAAUCACCUCUCCCACGAAAUUCAAUGUUUAAUCCCGAAAACUCAAAGUCAUCUAAAAUGUCAAAUGAACCCUUAGAGCCAGUAUCUAAAAACACUUUCCUAGUUUCUAAUGAACAACAAAAUCUUCUACAAUCUGGUGAAAAUUAUAUAAAAAAGCCUACUGCACCAAUCACAAAUCAAUUUAAUACCAAGCCUGAUAUACCGAAGUCUCAAGAAAAUAAUGAUUUUUCGGGAAAGUUCCCUAGUUUUCCUCCAAAACCAAAUUUAGGGAUUGGUUUAUCAUCUACAACGACUCCUCGACCUCAAACAAUAGAGACAUAUCCAUCAGCUAUUGUUAAUCCAACAUUCCUAACACCGAAGUUCGAAGGAAAUGUGGAUGGCAGGUUGCCUGUUACAACUGAGUCAAAUCAAAGACCUUUAGCUUUUUCUGCAGCAUUAAAAAAUGGGAAAAGUUCACCACAAGGAAACUUGGCACGCAACCAAGAUGAAUCAGUUCCUACUUCGUCAUCAUUCGGAUUUAAAAGUACAAUUACUACGACACCAACUCCAAGUGCGUUUGCUACAAAUCUGAUGCCUAGUAAGGAGGAAUCUGGAAAAAUUUUUGGAAUUGCUAGUGUCAGUUUAGCACAAAGUUCAGGUCCGGACAAUACUAAAUGCACUUUGGGAAAGUGUGGUUCAAUUCAUAAACCAACAUUGGGACCUGUUGUUCCAACAGAAUCCUACUUAGGGGAGCAGCUAUUAUCGAGUAAGGAACGACGAAAAGCUAAAGUCAAUAUGACCCAUGAGCAGAUUCAUAAAUGGUUAAUUGAGUGUUCAUCUAAUCCUGAUGAAAUACAAGAUGAUCUUGAUGAAGAUUUCGAAGAUGCUUAUAAAUACAAUUCAUUUAGUAAUCCUUCCCCCACUUUGUCUAAAUAUGAAAAAGAACCAAGCACAUCUUUUAAUAGCAAAAAAGACAAGGAGCAAUCAAGUAUUCCUUCUGUUAAAAAUGAAAGUGCUUGGUCUGGUAAAGGACCUUCAUUAAAAGCAGUACCUGUUGUUGUCAAUAAUGAAAAAGAGGUUUUCAAGUCUGGCGAUACUACAGAAACUAAAAAACAAAAUAUUUUCGAAGUCGGGAAAAGUCCCUUAAAGGUAAAUAAAGAAGAAGAAGAAAAACAAGAGGAAGUAAAAGAAAAAAAAGAGGUCGCAAAAAAGAAUUGUCCAGAGAAUUUGAAUGUUAAUCCCGAAGGAAAAUCCUCAAAAAAGAAACAAGAUAAAGCAGAAAAAGUUUCAAAUAUUAAAGCUAAAAAAUUAGAUAUAGAAAAAGAAAAUGCAACAGAAAAAAUUAAAGAAAAAGAAAAGGAAAAGGAAAAGAGUCCGAAAAGCCCUACUGAAAAGAAAACUGUUUCGGAAUCGGUAAAAUCGACAAAAAAAGGAACAGAAAGUCCUACAAAUCCAUCUAUUACUCCUAAUACACCCGGGGCAUCGACGUCGCAAUUAACUUUUCAAUCCAAAAAAUAUUCUCCGAUUCAUAAUAAACUUCGACAGCCAACAAAAGACUUGGAUCGUUUGAAAGUAUUUUCAAAUACAUUCACAAACUCAGGAGAUAAUGAGAAAAGUGUAUAUACUUUUGAUAAAGAUGAUGACGAGCUACCGCCUAUUGCAAGAACAUUCCGUCAACCUGUUCAAAGAGGUUCUGAUACUGGUGGUGAACGAAUAGAUGUGGAUAAAUCUGAAACUAAACAAGAAAGCAAAUCAAACGGGAGUAAGAAUAAUGAAUCAAAUAACAACACCAGCGAGAUAAUAAAGAAGGGUACUUUUAAUUUGAGUGUAAAUAAAGUUAAUGAAGAAGAUGCAUGUCAAACUGAUACAACUAGAAGUAAAAAGUCAUCGAAAAUAAGGAGAAAAUCAACUAUGAAUGAAUUUAUUUUAAAUGAUUCUGAGGGUGAAACUUUUUAUAUUCCUAUACAAGGUGCCGCUUUGACAAAUUCUGUUGGGUCAAAUAAAUCUGAUGUUUUACAAGCUGUAGAAGUUAAGGUGAAAGUGGGUCGUGAAGGACCUGAUGGGCCAAAUCAACGGGUUAGUGUGCAAGCAACUUUAGUUACAAAACCUAAUUUAACUAGAAGUUCAUCACCUACAUUAGCAGUUAGUGCAAUUAGUUCAACUCCCGCUGCUGCCACAGAAUCUGAUGAUAAAAAAUCGGUAUCUAAAUCAUCUACAAGUCAAGUAGUCGGAUCCAAAAGUGUACCAAUAGGCACAGUUACUCCUAGAUUUAAAAGUGAAGGAGCAGCAAACAACGGCGGUUUGAAACGAGUUAAUUCAAAUUCGUCGCUGUUGUCUGGUUCAAAUAAAUCUCGAAACAAACAAAAACCCUCAACAUCAUAUGCUAAAAAACGUAAAAGUAAUACACCUAUAAAAAUGUAUAAUAAUACUGCAUUUCCACGUCGAGACGAUCCCGCACAAAUGGUAGAAGCUCCCGUUUUUCGACCUACAGACAAAGAAUUUCAUGAUCCAAUGGAGUUUAUAGAACGAAUAACACCAAUUGCCGCCCGUUUUGGUAUUUGUAAGAUAAUUCCACCUUUAAGUUUCAAACCAGAAUGUAGAGUAUCAGAUGAAAUGAGAUUCUCUGCUUACAAUCAAUAUGUACAUAAAAUGUUAUAUCGUUGGGGUCCUAAUGUAAAAGAAUUGAAUGCAAUCAAAAAACAUUGUCAAACUCAACGGGUUUCUUUAACACCAUUUCCACUUAUUGGACAAAUGCAAGUAGAUUUACCACGACUUUACCAUACAGUGCAAGAAUUGGGUGGCUUACAAGAAGUCAUGGAAAAGAAAAAAUGGAAUCGUGUAGCUGAUGAAAUGUGUAUACCAAAACUGGCACAAGAUCGAGCAACACGUUUAGAUGAUAUAUAUUGUAAAUAUUUAUUACCUUACGAUACGUUAUCAUCAAAUGAGCGGCAAAAGUUGUUUGAUGAGGUUGAGUCUGAUUGGGCUAAAUGUGAAGCAAGAGCUCGACGCACAGCAGAUUUUCUUAUAAAUUCUGAAAAUAAUAGUUUUGAAGAAAAUUUUAAUGAACCAAGUGAAGAUUCCGAAGAAGAAGCUGACGGUGUAUCAAUGGAGUGUAUAGUUAGAGGGAAAAGUAUGCCAUUAAAGCAGUUUGUACGAAUAGCUAGAAAUACAUGUAGUUUGUGGUUUAAAAAUGUUGAACCAACAACAUCAGAAGUGGAAUCAGAAUUUUGGCGUCACGUUGCAGUUCGCGAUAGUCACGUAUGCGUUCAUUCAGGAUCUAUUGAUUCUAGUGGAUGGGGUUAUGGGUUUCCUUCACCGGGCCCGAAAGGAAAAGGCUCUCACUGUGCAAAGCAUCCGUGGAAUUUAAAAGUUUUAACAAAUAAUCCGGGAUCCGUUUUAAGAUCCUUAGGGCCUGUUAUGGGUGUAACCGUACCUACGUUACAUGUUGGCAUGCUUUUUAGUGCAUGUUGUUGGUAUCGUGAUCCACAUGGUUUAUCCUGGAUUGAGUAUUUACAUACGGGAGCAAGCAAAAUCUGGUAUGGUAUACCAGAUGAUCAAAGUACGAAUUUCCGUUCAGCAUUAACAUCAUUAAUACCAAGUCAUUGUCAAAAUAAAACAAUAUGGUUACCUUGUGAUACCGUAAUGGUACCACCGCAUAUGUUGACAGAUCGUGGUGUAUCAUUAUGUAGAACAGAACAAAAGCCUGGAGAAUUUGUUGUAAUAUUUCCAAGAUCUUAUACUUCAAGUAUUUCAACGGGGUAUGUUGUAUCUGAAAGUGUAUAUUUUGCAACAGCAACGUGGUUAGAAAGUGCAAAGGAUGAUUUUAAGGACAUACAUGAUAGCUGUGAACCUGCAUUAUUUUCUUUAGAACAGUUACUUUUUUCAAUAGGAUCAGAUCAAAGGGUCCCAAAAGAAGUAUUAGAACAGUGUUUACCUAUGCUAAUAGAAGUUUUUGGAAAAGAAAAAGAAGCUCGAAGCCAAAUCGAGGCGUUGGGGGUUGCAAUUACAGAAAAAAUAUCACAGGAGAAAGGUAAAAAUAAAAAGAAAGUUGUUAAUAUCGAAGAAGAUAACGAAUGUGAUAUUUGUCGUGCAAAUUUAUAUAUUUCGGUGGUAAAAAGCAAUGAUAAAAAUAGUACAUAUUGUUUAGAACAUGCCCUUAAAUAUAUUCGCAAAGGUAAUAUAUCACCAGAUCAAUGCACAUUAUUAUAUUCAUAUUCAAUAGAUGAAAUUAAUGAAAUGAUUCAAAAAGUUAGAGGACGUCUUGAGCAAAAAAAAUAUUGAUAAUAUAAAUUUAGAUUAAAUGUUAUAUGUAAAAUUUUCAUAUAUAAUAUUAAAAUUAAUAUUAAAAUUGAUUAUACAUAUAUGUAUUUAUACUUAUUUAUAUACAUAUACGUAACAUAUAUAUACAUAAAUAUAGAUAUAUAUAUAAAGAACAUAGAUUACAUAAUCAGAUUGUAGUAUGUAAAAAAUUAUU